CCCCACUCCUCCCUCCCCCUCUCCUUGCUGCCUCCCCCCUUCCUUGCUUUUCCCCCCACGGAAAGCGAGAUCCACACAUCCACACACCAUGUUCGCCCUUCGCGCCGUGUCGACCUCCUUCAAGCAGGCCGGCAACCGCCUGAUGGCCCCCGCCUUUGCCCGGGCCUUCUCGCAGUCCUCCUCCGAGCAGGACAGCGACUUCCGCUCGGACAACGACCUCGAUGGUGGCGAGAGCGACCCUCAGCGCCUGAUGCCGGAGGACCGCAUCCCGGCUCCCCUGCUGACCGAGGAGAUGCUCAUGGAGCGGCCGGAGUUCGCCGCCGCGCCGCUGUCCUUCAGCGCCCGCAGCCACGUUCUGCACUACCUGUCGCGCAAGCACAAGAUCGCCAGCGGCGGCGAGCCGACCACCGGUCUCGGCAGCGACGGUGCCAUCAAGAGCCUGCUGACCCCCCACCCCGUUCCCCUCUACACCCUGCGCAACAACCUCAACCCCGAGACCAUCGACAAGAUUCGCCACCUGCGCUCUCUGGACCCGGCCCGGUUCACCCAGCGCCGGCUGGGCGUCAUGUUCGGCCUGCCGUCCAUCAUCAUCGGCAUGAUCGCCCCGGUCCCGAAGACCGGUCGCCAGCUGCGCAAGAUCAGCCGCGAGGCCGAGGCCCGUGGCCGUGGCUACCUCCCGCGUACGCUGCGCAUCAUCCGCCGCGAGCGCGAGCGCGCCCUCGCUGCCGACUUCAGCCAGAACGGUCUGUAAUGGACGGGGGGGGAUCCGAGUGGUUGGCCGAGCUCGCCGGGGAGGGGCGCCGGGGCCGAGCCCGUCCUGUGGUGUGUGUGCGCGCGCGCGCGUGUACCUGCGCACCAAGCGCCGGUGUUUGGUUCUCCUGCCCUCCUUUGCUGUUUCUUCCUCAACUGCUGUUGUUGCUUUGAAAUGUGUGCCUCCUGUCCCCUGCGUCCGCUCCCACCCACGCCCCUCCCUUUCAUCCCGGCAGCAGUGCCCCCCCCCCUCUCCCUGGUGGGGCGCUGCACCGUCGAGGACCGACAUGGUUGUACACACGCGCGUUUGCGUAUGUGUGUGUGUGUGUGUGUAU